AUUAUCAUAUCCUAUAAAAAUACAAACCUUGGCAUUCCCAUCUCCCCAGCAUUAUACAUUUAUAUUUCAUUCAACAUCUUCCAAGAACUUGAGCAACUUCAAAAGAAAACUACAAACACUUUUGUGUGAACCUUCAGCUCUCUACCUUUCAUUUUCCACCAAUCCACCAAGAAGCAAGAAGAAGAACUUGUCUAAAGUUUGGUUUGUUCUAUAAGAUCGAUCAUUGUGGUGUUUGCCUUGACUAGCAAAACAUUAUAGGGAAAAUGGAAAGCAAGGUGGCAUAUCAGAAUGAACUCAACCUCAAGGCAACCGAGCUUAGAUUGGGGUUGCCAGGAACAGAUAUUGAAAGUGAGGAACAAGCACUUUCUAGUGCUAGAAACAACAAGAGGCCAUUGCCUGACAACACCAAGGAGUGUGGAUUAAAGGGUAGUUCUGAUGAUGCUCAACAUUCUGACCAUGAAACUGCCCCUCCUGCCAAGGCACAAAUAGUGGGGUGGCCGCCAAUCCGAUCCUACAGGAAAAACAACCUGCAGCCAAAGAAGACUGAAGCUGAGGCUUCCGGUAUUUACGUGAAAGUAAGCAUGGAUGGAGCCCCUUACCUCAGAAAGAUUGACUUGAGGGUUUACGAGGGCUACCCAGAACUCCUUAAGGCUUUGGAAAACAUGUUUAAAUUCACUAUAGGUGAGUACUCAGAGAGGGAAGGCUACAAAGGGUCAGAGUUUGCACCAACUUAUGAAGACAAAGAUGGUGACUGGAUGCUAGUUGGAGAUGUUCCAUGGGAUAUGUUCAUGUCAUCCUGCAAAAGGCUGAGAAUCAUGAAAGGAUCAGAAGCUAGAGGGUUGGGGUGUGGCGUUUAAAAGGCCCUCAAGCCACAGCAACCCAAAAGGGCUGGAGGAGAAAAGAUUUCACUGUCAUUAAGGGCAAAUCUCUCAGCUUGUGUUCUCGAAGAAGAAAUUUGGAUUUGAAUAUUGGUCUCGUUGUUGAAAGUCUCUGGUGUUCGACUUGGGAAGCAUAGACAGAAACGUAGUGCAGUUACAGUUUUAUUUCCUGACAUUUUGCAGCAACAGCUAGCUGUGGUGGUUUGAGCAUCUCUGAUGCAUAUUGUAUUUUGCCUCUACUGAUUCUAUCAGGCCAAAACUGCAUACAAAGAGAUACUGUUUUGAAAGUUGUAUAAACAAAAUGACAUGUACUUUAUUUGAGUUUGGUGUUGUAUUGUUAAUACGGAUAUAAAGCUAUAUACCAAUUAUGUCUA